UUAAUUUAUAACUUGAAUACUAGAUCAGCAACCUUUUAUAAAAGAAAGAUUACCAACUAUUCCAGUUUUUUUUUGUGUUAGUAUUCCAAAAUUCAGAAUCAGAGUCCAUUAGUCGUUAUGAACCGGAAUUAAGUCAUUUCUCAAAUUGUUGAUAAAUUAUAUGUGAUUUCUAUGUAGUAUGUUCCAACAAUGUAAUAGUAUAAGUCUCUUUUUAAAAAUCUUAUGUUCAUAUUAUCUUUGGCCUUAAUUCAUGUUAUUUUAAGCUUGAAUUUUUUAAAUAAUUUAUUUAUCCUCUCCGCUUUAAGCUAUAAGCAAAAAAAAAAAGGAGAAAACGAAUAUAUCCAGAGAAGACAACUCGAAACCCUUGUUUUCUCUUGUAUCAUGCACAUAAUUAAUAAUUAUUUAUACUAUUAAUAUGCGGUAUGUGUAUAUAAUGUAUAUAGUAUUUUAGUAUGCCAAACUAUGAGUAUUAGAUUUAAAUUUUUUAAAAAUGUAAAAGGAAUGAUUUUCAACUAAAUUCUCGUUGUGUCAAUAUAUAUAUUUUUAUGGCUUUCAUCCUUAACAAAAGUACUGCAGAGUCCCUCACUUUCGCACAUGAAGCAAUUUGAAGCUUUUUCAGUUCAUUUCACCUCAUAUCACUUAAUACGACACCGUCUCCAGUGAAAAAAUCUGCUCCUGUCUUGUCCUAAUGCGAGUUAGGGUUUAACACACAAGUAGCACCCGUUUGAGUUGUGUCUCUUUGCUCAUUUUCGUCGGUUUGUGUAACCGAUCAACUCAAGCUAUUGGCUCCUUACUCCCUGAAAUUUGACUUCUCCACUGGAUCUCACCAAAGUUCCUCUAUAUGAAGAAAUCUUCACCCUCACAAUAUCAUUACAUUUGAACCACAAGAAACAAGAACAGCGGUGAUGGACGGUGGUUAUGAUCAAUCCGGAGGAGCUUCUAGAUACUUCCAUGGCCUCUUUAGGUCUGAGCUUCACAACCAACUUCAACAACAGGCUCAACCUCAACCUCAACCUCAUCAUCAGCUUCAGCUUCAGCCAGAUGAUGAAUCUGACUCCAACAAGGACUCGGGUCGACUUGAUUCCGACCCGGUUAACUCUGGAUCAACUCCGGGGAAACGUCCACGUGGACGUCCUCCGGGAUCUAAAAACAAGCCGAAGCCACCGGUGAUUGUGACAAGAGAUAUCCCUAACGUCCUUAGAUCUCAUGUUCUUGAAGUCUCAUCUGGAGCCGACAUAGUUGAGAGCGUCAACACUUACGCUCGCCGGAGAGGGAGAGGUGUCUCCAUUCUCAGUGGUAACGGCACGGUGGCUAACGUCGUUCUCCGGCAGCCGGUGACGAUUCACGGGAAUAACGGUGGAACUGGGGCAGGAGUUGGAGGGGUUGUGACUUUACAUGGAAAGUUUGACAUUCUUUCCAUCACUGGUACGGUUCUUCCGCCGCCGGCGCCGCCGGGAUCCGGUGGUCUUUCGAUCUUUCUUUCUGGCGGACAAGGACAGGUCAUCGGAGGAAGCGUGGUGGCUCCUCUUGUGGCUUCGGGUUCAGUGAUACUGAUGGCUGCAUCCUUCUCUAACGCAACUUUCGAAAGGCUUCCUCUUAAAGAUGAAGAAGAAGAAGGCGGAGGAGGAGGGGGAGGUCCACCACCGGCCACGACAGCAUCACCACCGGCUGGAGCGGGCCCGGGAGGGUUAAGAGGUAAUACAAGUGGUUAUGAUCAGUUUACCGGUGAUCCUCAUUCGCUUGGUUGGGUAGCUGGAGCCCCUUCAAGACCAUCUUUUUAAAUUUGAAAAUUAUGUCCGUAAAAUAGCUAUUAAAAAAAUUAAAAACAGUUUCAUGAUAAUAUAACAAUAACAUUCUCAAUUAUAUUUUAAGUUCUUUUGGUUUUGAAUUAAGUUUAUCCUAAUAUGACU